AUGGACAUGACAAACCAGCCAUUGAGGACGGCAAUCCACCGGAGUGUCCCCGUGGUGCUUCUCAUCUUCCUGCUAUCAGGCACUCAAGUUGGCACUGUUAAAUCUAUCGGGAUCUACCUCAAAGACAUCUCACACAGUCUGGGAACAACCUCCAAAGACAUCGGGGUCGCGCUUGGUCUUUUUACCGCCGUUUGCUACUUGUCAGGCCUGGGAUAUUGCAUGGUUGGCUUAUCGGCAAUACUCAUCUUAAGUCAACUGACAAGCGAGCAGAACUUCUACCUGUUGUACGGAUUUGGCACGAGCGGGUGCGGCGUGGGUAUGGUUCUUUUACCCCUUCUAGCUGAGCACUUGGAUGAAUUUUACGGUUGGAGAGGAGGCAUACUCAUUCAAGGUUGCCUGAUGGCUAACCUAGUCCCUUGUGCCGUUGCUAUAAAACUACACGUGACCGGAAGUCGACCGGUGGACCAAAGCGCGAAUUACCAAGAACUUGAACAUAGUGGAGUUUCUGAGGAAAGUUUAGUAAACAAUUGUUCAAGCGAGGAAGAAGACAGCACUCCAUUGUGCCCGAAAGGUGCAGACCACAAUCAGGCAGCUGCCGGUGAAUCUUCAACAUACUCUUCAUUAGUCAACGGAAUUGAAAUGGACUCUCGUGAAUAUGAAACGAGUGCAAGGCAAACAUUUGUGAGAUUACGUGAUAGUUUUUACCGCUCAGAUUUUUACAGGGACCCUGUUUUUAAUUUCUUAUUUCUUGCUUCCACCAUGUUGGGAAUCGUCUACUGCGGUUGGCAUUCUUUUCUGGUACCCCACGCAAUCCAGAGAGGUUAUUCUAUCCGUGCUACGAUACUGGUGACUUUCUACGCAUCAGUAGGAAACUUUCUAGGAAGACUCUUGGGAGGCGCCCUCUCCGGUCGCCUCGCUAAUCCAAUCACCUUGUGCCUCGGUGCAGCUUUUAUGAGCUCCCUUUCAAUUUUGUGUGAUGCAUUCUUUCGCAACUACUAUAUGAUGAUAGUAAGUGCGUGCAUAUCUGCUUUAAGUAUUGGCGGAAUGUGUGUCUUUAACGCUCUAUCAGUGAAGUACAGAGCGUCUCCUGGAAGCUUUGACGUUGCAUACACAGUCAACGAUGUAUUAUUUGGUCUUGGUACCUUUCUCGGUGGCUACCUAUCAGGUGUUGUUGGCGGAGUCUUCUCGUACGAUGCGACAUACAAGUUUCUUGGUGGUGUACAAAUAUUGGUCUUUGUUCUAAUGCUGCCAGUUGCUGUGUUUGAGAAACCAACCUAA